AUGACAACAUACGCAACACCCGUUCCCCAAGAUGUUGUCGAGCAGUCGGGAACAUUAACCAGAUUUUCCACGGCAGUCCAUCGUGAUCAUGCUCUAUGCCUGGAAGCAGCACACAAGAUUCGAGGGGACUUCCUAUCCAAGGUUGAUGUGGAACUGAACGCCAAGACGAUAGGGGACUGCCCUGUUCUAGGCCCAGUCCAUGUUGUUGCCUUUACCAUCCCGGAAUGCUUGCCUGAACGGCUGGCGAUCAUGACGAGGUUCACCGACUUUACGAUAAUGAAUGACGACUACUAUGACGCUGUCGAUACCAAAACAGUGGCCGCGUUCAACGCCGGUCUCCAGCUUUCGCUACAAGGCCCUAAUGCUUCGACAAGUGACGGAUCAAGUGUAGCAAUCAAAACCAAGCAGUUUCAAGCCAGCAUUCUGGUGGAGAUGAUGACGAUGGACCGCGACCUGGCUAUGGAUGUCAUGACCACUUAUAGUAAUGGUCUGCAGAUCGCAACAUCUCCGCCUUCCGGCAUCUCUUCUAUAGAAGAGUAUCUCCCCAUUCGAUUGGUGAACUGCGGUCUCGAUGUAUUCCAAGAUAUGUCGUGCUUUGGCAUAGGGAUUCGGCUCACACAGGCAGAAAAACAAAAGCUGUCCGAAAUCGCCAAUACAGCUCUAUACACCGCUGCUCUUAUCAAUGACUGCCAUAGCUGGCCAAAGGAGCUGAAGUACCACCUCGAGACGCAAGGUUCAGAGAUCCCAUUCAAUGCUGUCUGCAUUCUGAUGCGGCAGUAUAAAUGCUCAGACAUCGAAGCUAUAGAAAGACUUGGAGAAAAAUACGUGGAACUUCAGGAACGACACCUAUUCUUGGUUAGGAAGCUGGAACAGAGUGAGGGGGUGCUCUCUGACGCUCAUCGCAAAUUCAUCAUGGCAGCCCAGUAUGCGGCCUCGGGUUCCGAAUUUUGGAGUAUUUUCGCUCCACGCUACCCGACCAAGGAAGACUUGGAGCAACCGGAAUGUGUGCUCGUUGACGGCGUUUUCCAAUGGAAACAUGCGCUGGCCAAUGGCCGUCAAGAACACAACUCGGCGGUACCUGUCAACGGGGCUGGUGCAACAAAUGGCAUCAAGUCGUCUCAAGUCAAUGGAGCUGUAGCUCCAGGUACAACACCAUCGGCCAAAGUAACCCAUUGCAAGGUAAAUGGAGUCAAUGGCUCAAAGCAUGAGAAUGGCUGCCUUGGCAACGGUACUAAACAUCGGUUGCAAGAACCUUCCGACGACGCCGUCAAAGCUCCCUACAACUACAUCAACACCCUUCCAUCGAAAAAGAUCAGGGAAACUUUCAUCGACGCCCUGGACUUCUGGCUAGAAGUCCCAGCGGCAUCGUCAUCGACUAUCAAAUCGAUUAUUGGCAUGCUACACCACUCAUCUCUCAUGCUUGACGACAUUGAGGACGACUCAUUGCUGCGUAGGGGAAACCCUACCGCCCAUACUUUGUUUGGUGUAGGACAAACGAUAAACUCAGCCAACUACAUUUUUGUUUGCGCCUUCGAGGAACUCCAGAAACUUCAGAGCCCACACGCUAUAGGUGUCUUUAUCGACGAGCUGAAGAACCUACACUGUGGACAGGCUCUGGACUUGUAUUGGAAAUAUCACACCCAUGUGCCCACCAUUGGCGAGUACAUGACGAUGAUUGAUCAUAAGACGGGCGGUCUCUUUCGAUUGUGUGUCCGGCUGAUGCAAGGCGAAGUUAGCAGGAAGACCGAGCACAUUGAUGCGUGGCGAUUCGUCACAUUACUUGGACGCUAUUUCCAAAUCCGCGACGAUUACCAGAACCUCAUAUCAGACGAGUACACCGAUCAAAAAGGCUUUUGCGAGGACCUGGAUGAGGGCAAGAUUUCCUUGCCGCUCAUCUAUUGUCUCACCGGCUCUGAUCCCGAACAGACUAUGAUAAAGGGUAUACUACAGCACAAGGGGGUCGGAGAGAUGCCGAUGGCAUUGAAAAGACUGAUAUUGGCGAAAAUGAGAAACGGAGGAGCCCUCGACUCCACUUUCUUGUUGCUCCAGGACAUGCAAGAGGACAUACUGAGAGAGCUGAAGUUGCUUGAAGCGGCAUUUGGGUUCGAGAAUCCUAUCCUCGAAUUGGUCCUGAGGAGAUUGUGGGUGUAA